AUGUCGGCCGCCGUAAUGCUAGGCGGCGCUGUGAUGACGAUCCCAAAUUGCUUGGCCUAUCGAUUGUACCUGCUGACAGGGGAGCAUGUUUUCGGAUUCCAAGUCAGCCCCGGUUUAUUUCACUUCCUACAAAUCGCCAACUACGCGGUCGGCAUCCCAGCCAUUUAUUUUUUGUACAACGCACAAGUUCCGAUGCCCUUGAUACCGCCUGAUAAGGAUCCUCUGCUUUUAAACCCAAGCGUCGGCUACUACAGCGCAAAACUACACCCGGAAUUUGCCAUCGGCAUUGGAUGUGCCCUCCCGUUUAUUGGACAUGCUGCCCUCAUUGCCUUAAUAUCAACAUUAAAAAUAUUCCGCUUUCUCCGUGCUUCGCCCAAGGUCUCCAAAAAAAACGCAAGUUUUACAUCGUCGGGCUGUGCUAUCUUGUCUGUUGAUGUCUCUCCCUCCAAUGACCAUCGUCGCGAUACCGACUUGGAUUGCCCUAUACGGUAUAGCAGCGGCCUAUUUCGGAUUCGAUCAGCCGUAUGCCUUAAUCAAUCAAAUGAUAUCCACACGUUUGCUAUUCUGACCGAGACCUGGCUUGUCUACACGGAAUUGACCGGGCUACUGCCGGAAAUGGCACUGUAUAGCGGAGGAUAUCUAGCGACGCUUGGCAUCUCCGGGCAUUACGCCAUAGUCUCGGCUGCGAUAAUGACGGGCGGCGCUUCGAUGACGAUCCCGAAUUGCUUAGCCUAUCGAUUGUAUCUGCUGACACAGCAGCAUAUUUUCGGAUUCCAAGUGAGCCCGGGUUUAUUUCACUUCCUCCAACUUGCCAAUUAUGCGCUCGGCAUCCCAGCCAUAUAUUUUUUAUACAAUGGACAAGUUCCGAAGGCUUUGAUACCUCUUGAUAAGGAUCCUCUGCUUCUAAACCCAAGCGUUGGCUACUACAACGCGAAACUCAAUGCGAAAUGUGCCAUCGGAAUUGGAUGUAGCCUACUGUUUGUUGGAUGUAUUGCCCUCAUUGCCUCAAUAUCACUAAUCAAAAUAUUCCGCUUUCUCCGCACUUCGCCCAAGGUCUCCAAACGAACGCGAGCUUUGCACCGUCGGGCCGUGCACUCUUGUCUGUUGUUGUCUCUCCCUCCGAUGACAAUGGCCGCGAUACCAGCGUAUGUUGCACUAUACGCUGUAGCAGCAGCAUAUUUGGAAUUCGACCAGUCUUAUGCCUUAAUAAACCAUGUGAUAGUACCGCUAUAUCUUGGCGUUUCCAUACCGUUGAUGGCUAAUACUCUAUACAGUGCACUUUGGCAUAAGAGAUCGUCCAUCGGGAAUUUGAUCCAGGUUGAGAAGACGAGGAUUACGGAAAAACUUACUUUCAUGUGGAUGAGAAGACCGAAAUCC